UGCAUCAAACUCUCUUUAUGUGUCUCCAUAUUGCUGUUUAAUAUUCAGCAGACUGAGGAGACUUUUACUUUGAAACUUCUCUCUUCGGGUCUCGGUUCUGGCGGGCUGCGGCUCGUCCCUUUUAGCCGCCAAGUGAACUGCGAUGACCGCCGGCUCGGUUGUGCAUUCUGCGUGUUUGUGUUGACCCAUACCGGGAGACCCUCCGUUCAUCAUGGCGACUGUAAACACCGCGAGCAACCCGGGGAACGACGAGGACACCGGUUCUCCAUCCGAACCGAACGAGCACGAUUAUGCUCACACAGCUGCCGGUACCUUCCCCUGCACGGAACCGGGUUUCGGCUCCGGUGCAGCGGCCGGUUACAGCUGCGUCCCCCCGCAGGAAGGCUUCACCACACCGGCUGAUCCCGGGCACAGUGCACCGGGGCAGCACCUCAUCUCCCCGUCGGUAGAGCUACCGGAACCGGCCGUGGGAGCAGAGGUGGACUGUCCCGGUGGAAAUGAAGUAGAAGACCCUUUAAAAACCGGAGCCUCUGAACUCUCCGGUGCAGGGGCCUCCUCGGGGACACGGAGCAGCCGUCGGCCUCCCAUGAGAGUCGAGGACAAAAACUGUUCCUGCUGCAAGUCUGAGUUUGAGCGGCAGGGUCGCAGCUUCAACCGGAGGGCGGUGUACACGUUCACAACACCGGACACCGUGCAGUGGGCUUUCCCGGACACGGUGGUGCAUGACAAGUCCUUCCUGUGUGAGACCUGCGCGCAGCACAUCAGGAGCAAGGGCAGACGUAAACAGCGUGGGAAGAGGACAAUGUGGCUGAAACCCCCGGCCAAACAGGCAGAUGUGAGAGACAAGAAGAAGAAAGUCUGCAGGAUGGGGAAGAAGAGCAAAGCGGCGCUGCUGGUGAGCAAGUCCUGCUACAAGGCUGCUUUCAAAAUGCUCUGGUCUGCAAAGGGAGCCAGGAAACCGAUGAUGGAGUUCUGGAGCAAACUGCUGAAAGAGGAGAUGAAGAUGCUGUCGCGGCAGGCAGACAGUCCUUUCCAUCAGAAGGUGUCGAGCAGGAAGCCGCUGUCGUCCUUCCCCUGGGGACGAUGUCUGAAGUGGGCCGAGGAGAAAGCUCCGCUCGUCACCAACUGCCUCCGCUCGCUGUUCCCCGACAUCAACGUCAUGACCAAGAGAAGCCACAAGCUGUCGGAGGAGCAGGCCCAGAAGCUGCUGGAGCGCCGGACCGUGGUGACGCUCUCCGUCCCGCUCUUCACCAGAAACAUAUGGAAGAACAACUUCCUGCAGGCCGCUCUGGGGGCGGAGCUACGGCUGCAAGGCUGCGCCGUCCCGUCCCUCGACACCCUGAACACCAUGGGACUGUGUCAGAACAAAGACACGGUCAGGUUACUGGUGCACCGGCUCCGAAGCAGCAAGAAGACGUCGACACAGAACGGACGACAAAGGCUGAAACAGGAGCAGAUGAAAGGAGAACAGAUGGCGCACAUGGAUGCAGACAUGGACGAUGAAGAGGAGGAGGAUGAAGAAGAAGAAGAAGAAGAAGAGGAGGAGGAGGAGGAGGAGGAAGAAGAAGAGGAUGAGGAGGAAGAGGAAGCAAUGGGUUUAGCGGUAGAGGAGGAGGAAGUGGAAGAGGAGGAAGUGCAGGAUGGACUGCAAGAGGAAGACGACGAUGAGGAAGAGGAGGAUGAUCGGGCUGCAGAGGAAAAAGCCGAGAUGGAAAAGAAGAGGAGGAAGAAGGCGAAGAAGCAGAGGAAAGAGGAGAAGAGGAAGGAGAGAGGGAAACGAAAGGCGAAGGAGAGACAGCAGCAGCAGGAGGAGGAGGAGGAUGAUGAUGAUAGCGAUGAAGACUCGGAGCAAAAGAAGAGGCGGGUGGUGGUGGUGAGGCUCGGCUUGCUGAAGGGACAUUCGGAGGUCGGAAGAUCCGACCUAUCAGCUCCCUGAGACUCAGGACAGGGCGGGUCAGGCCUCCAAUCAGAGACAGAGACACCGCCCUCAUCUCUCUGGGAGGGGAGUUGAAAGGCAUUCUGGGAAUUGCAGGAGGUUAGUAACUGUGGAGGGAAACAGAUCGGUUUAACGCAACAUUUGAACGUUUUUUGUGACAUUUAAUUAAAAAAGUAAUAAUGAGUUUGAGCCCAGAAAAAGCGACUGAAACAGGAAACCACUGCACAAUAAAAACCCCUCAGCUGAUCGAUCACCUGAUUACCUGCAUCGUUUUUAAAACGCCUAAUAGUUACACGUCUCAGGUUUGCUGGAUCUGUUUUCUGUUACGCAUCUCAAACUCACCGCCUGACAACCGACUUCCUCUGUGGUUUCACCUCCUCAUAAAUGAUAGGAGCAGCUUCCAAAGUUUCUUCUACUGCUACCAUAGUUUCCUAAUAAAAAAAGGGGUAUUUUGUUACAUAAAAUAGUGUUGUAAUCUCACAAUAUAACAAUUCAGAAGUAUAAAGUCGUAAUUUAGCAACUAAAAAGUCAAAAUUAUCAGAAUGAAGUUUCAUCUAUAUGAAAAAUUGGUGCUCUGAGAAUUUGUUUCUUUUACAGGACGAUUAGAUAUGAAGUUUGUUUUUGGUAAAUUUGAUACUGAAACACAAAAUGAGCAAAUAUGAUGUACUUUAUAGGCUGGGUUGAACUUAUCUGAUAUGAUGUGUUUUGACCUGCCGUGAACUUUUCUUUUGAUUUCUGACAGAAGUCGUCCCAGCUGAGCUCCAGCUGCCGUCUGUCUGGUUAUUCAGCUCACGUCUGUAAUUGGCUUCAUUUAAUUUUCCUUAAAUUAAAAAAAUCUGUUUACUGGUGAAACGUAACUUCAGGUCAUCCACAAGUCACCUCUUCACUAGAGUGUGUUCAUAAAUGACAAAAAAACGUUCCUGUAAUAUGACACCUUGAAAUAUCACAACUUACUCUUUUAAACCACUUUUUUUUUCAUAAUAUGACAACUUUUAGAUUUAUGAUCUUAUUGUAAACUUCAUUCUCAUAAGAUUAACUUUUUCCUUAUUGGAUUACAACUUUAUAUCCCAUUAACAUUCAUUUUAUUCUGUUUUCUUUUAAUAUUAUGACUCUUUUUAUCUAAAUCAAAUGAGCAUAACUUCAUCCUCAAACUAAAAGGAAAACUUGAUUUAAUUCCAAUUAAUUUCUGUUCUUUUUACUGAGCAGAUCAGCUAAAAUGUAUCUUCCUUUUUGAUUGUAAAUUGAAAGUAAAGAAACAUUCAACCUAAAUUAAUAUCAGGAGUUCAAUUUCCAACAAUAAAUUAACGUUUACAGGUGCAGUGUGCAGAGUUGUGUGAGUUUUGUGGCAUCUAGCAGAACAGGCUCAGUUCUGUUGGUUGCAAUCUGCAGCCUCGCUACUAGAUGUCACUAAAUCCAACACACUGGUCCUAUAAAUGAAUAUUCCCAUUCAUCAUGAUUUGUUUGAAGUCUGAAGUUUUGUAUCGUUUGUAAACUCCACUUAUCUGUUAUUCAUUGUUUUCUGGUUCUUUCUUACUCAGAUUAUUUACCGAUAGUACCAUUUUUCAAAUUUUAUUUUAUUUUUAUACAUAAGACUUUCCCCAUUUUGGCCUUCAGGACUGAAAAUCACAACACCACUUGCGGUGAACAGAACACGGAGAAAGUUUAAGUGGAGGAAAAAGGAGGCCGGUCGAUCCUCAAACAUGCCUUUAAAAAAAAAAAGCCAUCAGGUCAGAGGUUACAGAGAAGUCUGAUCUGCCCUAAAUGUUCGUCCAGCUGCUGACUGAUGGACGUUUAUCAGGAGGUGAAAAGCGUUUUAUUUUCUAAUCCUGAUUAGAGUUUAAAUUUCUUUAUUAAAAGUGACCUCGUCUCCUCCAGGUCAGAGUGCGGCUCGUCUGCAGGACUCUGUCUGGACUGUAUGGCUAGCUCUUUUAUUUUUUAACACUGUGGAUGUCUCAAACUGUUGAGGCUGCUUCUGUUUAUAGACUAACGCUGUGCAUUAACGGUUCCUGAGAGCCGAGCGGCCGCACAGCUGGAAAUUAUUUGCUUUGUUUUUUUUGUUUCUCUUUGUUGUUGUUUUUUUAGCCGCAGUGGACCCACAGGAACAGAAUCAAGGCUUCAGUGUGCUUGUUUGAAGUGUGAUGAGACCUUCAUGUUGUGUUCACGUCGUGUCGGUCAGAUGUCGAGAGAGAAUUACGUGUUUCUGAUGUGCAGAUGUUCACAUUAUCUGACCACUAAAGACGGCUGUAUGACUGCAGUCGGUCAUGUGAGGGUAAAAACUGCAUAUUGACAGUUAAGCACUACGCCCAACAGAAAUGACCAACAAUUAAAUUAAUCACCAACCAUUCUUAUAAUUGUUAUUUUUAAAGAAGAAAUUCUCUGAUUUCAGUUUCUCAGAUGUAAAUAUUGUUAUUUUGUGCCCCGGUAAAACAAUGAUCAACAUUUUUUCUUCAAUUUCUGACAUUUAUGACCAAAAAAAAUGUAUUGAUUGAAAGAAUAAUGAACAGAUUAAUGGAUAAUAGAAAUAAUCAUUAGCUGCAGCCCUACAGGUGUCCAUGUUUGUUUUAAGCACUUAGUUAAUAAUAUCAGAGCUUCCCAAAAAAUAAAUGUUCUAGUUAAAAUUAUGACUUGAAUGUUGCCAUGAAGCAUGAACACAUUAGAGCCACAUUGUAAGAUUUAUUCAUAAACUGAGAAGAAAAACUGUAAAAUUUUUAAAACUCGUCAAAAUUCGGAACAUAUUUUUCCUUUAAAUUGAAAUUUACCAAAUUCAAUUUUUAUUUUUUCUUGCUUUUCUUUAAAAUGACCAUUAAUGAGAGAUUAUUCUGGAAAUACAGGUGGGGUUCAUUUGGCACACUUUAAAUUAUUAGUAAUUAUUGACCGUAGUUAAAUAUUACAUUGUUCUUUCCUUUUGGGAAAUUAAUCCAUAAAAUAAAGUGUGUGAUUAAUUUCUGUGGCGUUCACUAAAUGCUUCCACUGUUUGUAAGAACUCGGCUGAACUUUUUUGCUUUUCUCUCCUGCUCAGAAAGUUUAAUAAAAGUUUGUGAAUCAGGAGUCGCUGUAAGAUACUUUGAUUUGUAACGAGAAAUUUGUUCAUUUAGAGUUUUGUUUGUAUUUUUAUGUUUUGCUUUGGGGAGAAAACAGAUGUGUUUUCUGACUGUGUGGAUGCAGAACGUCCCUGCUGGUUAUUGUAAAAGUUUGCUAAUAAAAUAAA